AUGAUCAUCCUCGGCUCCACUUCAUCUUCCCACAAAUCGCUCAUAAUCGAUUCUAUUCGCAUGCUUAUCACCAGAAACUUACCACUAAAGGACUUCUUCGUGCGGAGUAAAGGUAUGGAGAAGCUUCUUGAAUUCAUGACAAGCGAACACGAGGAGAAAGUGCUACGAUCGAGUGCUACCACAUUAUUGACGCUGAUUUCUACAGAAUCGGCAAAGUAUGGGAUCGAAUUUGUGCGAUUGGAAGGGGUUCAGAUUUUUGGGAAUCUUCUGUCACACGGCUCGACUAUGCUUCUUCACGAGCUGUUGCAUUGUUUGGCAGCAGUGGGUGAUUUGAAGGAAGCGCUGGAGACACAGGCAACCAUGGUAGCCGAGCGUGCUCCGGACACUUUGCUCAGUGUACUUAAUCAUCGAAAUAAUUAUCUCACCAUACCGUUACCAAAUGUUCGACAGCUGAUCGUGUCCAUCACCGAUAACGUCCUCAUUUGCCUAGCUAAUCUCACUAGAAAUCAAGACGAAUGCGGGAGGAAUGCUUGUCUUCAGAUCGCUAGAAAAUCCGACUCAGCAAAAACUCUCCUGAAUGUGCUAGCGAGUGGAAGUGUAGAAUGUCAAAAUCGAGCAUUGAUGGUCAUCUUCAACACUUGUCUUUGUGUGGCUGAGUACAAGCUGUUCUUUGUUGAUACUGUGGACGAUUACAAUCAGUCAAAUCUCGUCACAUUUGUACUUCGCCUUUUAUGGAAUAACUUUGCUCAGUUUAACAACUUCUCGGACGCGGAAAGAACACAUCGUCGGAGGCAAAUCGACAGAGUGCUACGACUAUUAGCUACAUUAUCCAAAAGCGAAGAACUCCUGGAACAGAUAGCAGUUAUCUUC